AAGAUACUAGAAAUCGAACGGUGUGUGGAUCGUCGAGCUUUUAUCACAAAUAAAGUAGGCCUAGGCCUAGGUUUUUAUUGUGACCAAUCAUAUGCGCCCUGUGAAACCGUAAUAAUUUAAUAAAUUUUCAUUCGAAAAGAAGACAUGUCGUGCUACUCUUGCACAGAGAAUUUUGGUGUUUUUAGAAGAGAGCAUUCUUGUAAGAGGUGUCACUUUUCCUUUUGCUCCAAAUGCUUGCCACAUAAAGCAGUGCUACAUGCUAAUGGAUCCAAAGCACAGCCUGUAUGUAGAUCAUGCUACAAAAUUUUAACAACUACUCCAAAACCAGAUGAACAAAAUAAUGCAAACCAUGCAAGAUAUUCACCACCAGAAAAUUUCAAACGCCGGAUGGAAGCCCUUGCUGCUAAAGAAUCAACGGAUAACCAACCCGCUCCUCUGCCGCCAUCAUUAAGCAAAGGAAAUGCAAACAGUAAUCAAUAUAGAGGGCUGCAACCCAAGGAUAGAAAUCUUGUUGAAAGACUCAAUAAGCUGAAAGAAGACAGAAAAAAACAGCAAGGAAAAAUUCCAAGUACAGAGGAAAUGGAAGAAAGGUUGAGAGUACUUCGAGGCUUGUCAAAACCAUCAGACAACCCAAGUGUUAGCCAAGCAUCUAAGCCAUAUUUUCCUCCAGAUAAACGCAAUAUGGAAGAGCAGUUCCAAGAUUUGAUGGAUGAAAUGUCUGCAGAAGUUGAGUUAGAAGGCAGUUCAGAAAAGAAAGAUGGAAACAUUGUGACCAAUCCAGGUGCCAGAACUAGCAACAAUGAGGGAAAUUUGUUUGAUAAUAGUAAAGACUUUCAAGAUGAUGUGAAGAAUUUGAUGAAAGAAGGUUCGGGGAAGGCAGCGGAUAACGAUAACGACUUACAGGAAGAUGUGAAGCGUUUGUUGAAGGAAAGCGAAGAGGAGUUAAAACGAGCAAAACAACAGGAAGAAGAAGAUGCUAAUUUAGCUGCAAAGUUAGCAAGCAUACAAGGGUUAGAUCCAGAGAAAGCUCGAAUGGAUUUUAAAAGUAAAGGUGUUUUUCAUGAUACAAGCAGUGAUGAAGACGAAGAGUUGGCAACCAAGCAGCUCCUGCAGCAACUUGCUGAGGAACAGAGGCUGAAUGAGAAGGUGAAAGCAUCAGGAAAUGAAGACAUAUUAAAUCAGGCUGAACAAUCAAUCAAAGAAAAAGAGCCGCCUACCAAGGGUUAUGUAGUUGAUCCGGAUGAGUUACCAUGGUGUUGCAUAUGUAAUGAGGAUGCGGCACUUCGCUGUCUCGGAUGCGAAGGUGACUUGUACUGCAAGAGAUGCUUUAAGGAAGGCCAUGAUGAAUUUGGAGAAACUCACGAGAUUGAGCAAUACAAGAAACCAAAAAACAGGGACAAGUGAUGGAGAAUAUUCAGGCAAUUUAAAGCAGUGCUUCUUUCCUUGUUCAGUGCUAAAACCAAAUGAUUAUUUUUCAUAAUUCUAAAGCUUCUACUCACUGGGCGAGUCUUUUCUUUAUAUUUUUUUUCGCAAACUUUUUAAAAAAAAUAUUGUC